GCUGGAGCUGCUGGAACCACUCUGCCCGCUCUGCAGCAGAGGACGCGUGCUUUGACAGAGCUGGAAAGUUCUCUCGCCGGCCUCGGCUCUGAGGUGCAGCGAAUACGUGACGCUUCUCCAAAAUCUGAGAUCCCAGAGAAUCAGACCAAAGAGGUGGAGGAUCUCUGGGAGGAGACGACGAAGGCCACGUCAGACCGUUUGGAGCAGUCUCACGUCCUGACGGACCUGCUGAGGAGGUUUCAGAGCAUGCGCGGUGAGCUGACUGGCACACUGCAGAGGGCUGAGACAACCAUCGGUGAACGAGCCUCCUACGUUGGAAAGGAUUACCUGCAGAGGCUACACACUAAGGUUAAGGAAACUAAAGCAGAGCUGAAUGGUCUGGGCGACGACAUCGAGGAGGUGCGCAGCAUCUGCAGACAGCUUCAGUCUCUCCUGCGUCAGGUGCCAGGCUGUGGUGCUGCUCCGUUUGAGAGCGAAGCAGAUGCACUCAUGGAUCGCUGGCUGGAUCUAUCUGAAAGAACAGAUUCCCACCUUGAAAACCUCCAUCUGUGCCUGACAUUAUGGGAUGGAGUCCUGCAGCUGGGGGAAGAAGUGGAGAGCUGGACCAACAGCAGAAUAGCUGUGCUUUCUCAGUGUCCAUCUUUUCAAUCUGAGGACGAUGUUAAGGCAUUAAAGAAUGAGAUUAUGACCCAGGAGGAGAGCGCGCAGAGAUUCCACCGCAGAGCCUCUGAGAUUCAGUCGCUGCUUCAAAGUGCAGAGCCCCCUCUGGAGCUGCAGGUGGCGGAGACCCAGAUGAGGAAGAAAAUCGAGCAAGUGAAGGAGCUUGUUUUGGAGAGCGAAGAGGUGUAUAAGCAGAUGGUGGCCACUAUGGGACAAAUCACUGAAAGGAUGACGGAGUCUUUCAACUCCCUCCAGGAGAUUCAAGACUCCCUUCGCAGUCUCUCUGGUCCAGAUGUGGCGACGAUCCUGGCAAAACUCAAAGAAUUAUGUCAGAGGCUGCACACCGAAGAUGAGCGAGUGCGGAGCUUGCUCGAGGAUGUGCAGGUUCUGGCCUCCAUCGCCAGUCCUGGGAGCCUCCAGAGUCUGUCCGCUGGAGGGCUUCAGCUGGAGGAGAGCGUCAGAAACACCCAUCAGCUCUUCUCGGAGGUGGAGGAGCAGACUGAGAGGAAUAUCCAACAUCUGGACAGGCUGCUAACGGAGAAAGAGCAGCUGGAUAAGUGGCUUUGUGCAGCUGAGGAAAAUGCACGGAAAGUGGAGGAUCUUACUAUUCUGCAAGAAGAAGCAGUGCAUCAAAGUGGGAGGACGGAGCUUAUCGCUGAGCUUGCUUCAUCUUUAAGAAGCAGCAACCUUCAGCAGUCGGUGCCGGUGGAGCAGAGCUGUGAACUGCUCCAACGGUACCACGACUUCCACACCAACAUUGGCGGUGGCUCCGGAGAGGCGACGCCCUCGCUGAGAGACGAUCUUGAAGGAUUUCAGGGUUUGGCUGAAUCUGUUCAGGCGUGGGUUGAAGAUCUGAGGCAGAGGGUGGACUCGCCUCUUGUUGAUAGCGGUGAAGUUAGGACCUCGGCAGAGCAGAGACUUCAUCGCGCUCAGGCCGUGUUGAACGCAACAACAGAUGCAGAGGCUCGUCUGGAGGAGCUCAGAGUCUCUGGAGACGGUCUGAGCCAAAGUCUGCUGCACAGAGAAGACCUGAAGCAGCAGGUUCAGCUGAAGAUUCAGAAAACAGAAGAACAGUGGAGGAACCUUUUAGAAUCGGUUCAGCCUCACUACAGGGCGCUGCAGGAGGAUUCAGAGCUCAGCUCGCUCUACCUGACCAGUAGACGGGAAGCUUGCAGCAGAGUGAAGGAGCUGCAGCACCAGGCUGAGCUGCUUCCUUCUUUAUUCCCCCGGCCCGGCACAGCUGAGCGGGCGCAGGCCUGCAUGGUCGCCCCUCAGCUGCAGGCUGACUCUGAGUCCCUUAAAUUAACCCUAACAGGCCUGGAUGAGAAGAGAAUGGAGCUGGCUGAGAAAACCAGGAAGGCCAUCUGGAAGGAUUCCUCCUGGGAUGAGCUGGAGACCCGCUGGUCAGCGCUGAUGGCAGCAGUGAAGGUAAAAGGUUUUUCCCUGUGA